AUGUGGAGCACUUGGUUAAAAUCAAGACCUCACCUCAGAAAAGGAGCUUGGAUUGCAUUAGGGAAUGGUAAGACAACUUCAAUCUGGAGUGACCCUUGGCUUGCAGGUUCCACCAAGCUUUCACCCACUGCUUCAUUUGCUUCUGACAAAGAUAGACUUCACAAAGUCAGUGACCUGCUCUCCUCAGAAGGGGGGUCUUGGGACUCUGACCUGAUUGCCCAGACCUUCACACCUGCAGAAGCUCAACUUAUAAUGGCUACCCCUUUGCCCAGACAUGAUCAGAGAGACUCUAUCAGAUGGAUCCACCACAAGCAAGGAAUUUUCACACAGCGGUUGCUCUUUCUGUUCUCUUUACUUUUGCUCCCGCCGUGGAUCACCGCAUCAGAAACUCAGUUCAAGUUGGACGGCAAAGUGUUGGAGCUCGACGAGUCCAAUUUCGACGCCGCGAUUUCGAAUUUUGAUUAUAUUGUUGUCGAUUUCUAUGCCCCGUGGUGUGGCCACUGCAAGCGCCUCGCGCCUGAGUUAGAUAAGGCGGCCCCGGUUCUUGCUGGAUUAAAGGAACCUAUGGUAGUUGCAAAGGUAGAUGCAGACAAGUACAAAAAGCUUGCUUCUAAGCAUGAUGUUGAUGCAUAUCCAACUCUAAAGAUUUUUAUUCGUGGAGUCCCUACGGAGUAUUAUGGACCUAGGAAAGCCGAUUUGCUUGUUCGGUUUCUGUCGAAAUUUGUUGCUCCUGAUGUUUCUGUUCUAAGUUCCGAUUCUUCCGUGUGGGACUUUGUCGAAGCAGCUGGCACAAAUUUUCCAAUCUUCUUGGGAUUUGGGUUAAACGAGUCUGUUUUGUCGAAUUUGGCUGUAAAGUAUAAGAAGAAAGCAUGGUUUUCUGUUGCUAAUGGCUUCUCAGAGGAUAUCAUGUCCGCGUAUGAUUUUGAUAAGGUGCCUGCUCUGGUUGGGAUUCAGCCUGCCUACAAAGAACAAAGCAUAUUUUAUGGGCCAUUUGAAGAAAAUUUUCUUGAAGAUUACAUAAAACAAAGUUUGUUGCCUCUGGUAUUACCUAUAAAUCGAGACUCGUCAAAGCUGCUUAAAGAUGACGAGAGGAAAGUUGCUCUUACUAUCUUGGAGGAUGUAUUGGACGAAAGAUCCGAGAGACUAAUAAAAGUUUUAAAAUCCGCUGCCUCUGCAAAUCGUGACUUGAUAUUUGGUUAUGUCGGGUUUAAGCAGUGGGAGGAUUUUGUCGAGUCAUUUGAAGUUAACAAGAAAACUCAGCUCCCGAAGAUGGUUGUAUGGGAUGGUGAGAAGGAUUAUUAUAAUGUUAUUGGUUCGGAUAGCAUAGAUGAAACGGAUAUGGGCAAUCAGAUCUCAAAACUUUUAGAAGCCUAUAGAGAAGGAAAUGUGAUUCAAAAACGCGUUUCGGGCCCAACUUUGAUGGCAUUCAUAGCCUCAAACUUAGUUGUGAGGAUUUUCCUAAUUAUACUUUUCUUUAUAUUGGUGAUGAUAUUGAUUUUGGUGACGAUGAAAGAUGAACCUUUGGCUGUCGGCAAGCGUGACAUGGCUGAAGAUAGGACCUCUGCCUCUCAAACUGAAGCCAGAGAAAAAGAGGACUGA